AUGUCUCGGUCGCAGCCGAAUCACGACGCCUUCCGCGGGCUCUUCUACAGCCCGAUUGCGUCGGCUACCUCUAGCACGACAGACCAGUCGAGGCAGAAGCAGCAGCAGCCGCAGCAACCCAAACGCAUGGGCACCGUCUUCGACUACUAUUCCGUCGUCGAUGACGCUAAAAAGGGUGCCAAGAAGCUGAGCGCCGAAGCUCAGCGCGAAUUCGACAAGGCGAGCGCAAAAGCCCAGGGGAAGAAGGGCACCAUUGCCCUCUACUCGCCCACGUACUAUGCCGCCUGCACUUUUGGCGGCCUCUUGGCCUGUGGCCUGACGCACACCGCGGUGACGCCGCUGGAUCUCGUAAAAACGAGGCGGCAGGUCGAUUCCAAGCUCUACAAGAGCAACAUGCAAGGCUGGUCCAUGAUUUACCGCAAGGAAGGCCUGCGCGGCAUCUUCACCGGCUGGAGCCCGACUCUGUUCGGCUACUCGGCGCAGGGCGCUUUCAAGUACGGCUGGUACGAGUUCUUCAAGAAGACGUACUCCGACAUGGCCGGCCCCGAGGCCGCCUACAAGUACAAGACGUGGCUGUACCUGGGCGCUUCGGCCUCGGCCGAGUUCCUCGCGGACAUCGCCCUGUGCCCCUUUGAGGCUAUCAAGGUCCGCAUGCAGAGCAGCAUCCCCAACCCUUACACGGGCACUUUCCACGGUAUCAGCUCCGUCGUCGCCAAGGAGGGCGCCGCCGGACUGUACAAGGGCCUGUACCCGCUGUGGGCUAGGCAGAUCCCCUACACCAUGAUGAAGUUUGCCUCGUUCGAGACUAUUGUCGACAUGAUCUACGACCGUCUGCCCGGCACCAAGGACGACUACGGCAAGGCUGCCCAGACGGGUGUCUCCUUUACCGGUGGCUACCUGGCCGGUAUCUUGUGCGCCAUCGUCUCCCACCCCGCGGAUGUCAUGGUGAGCAAGCUCAACGCCAACCGCGCCGCUGGCGAGGCGUUUGGCGCCGCUAUAGGACGGAUCUACACGGAUAUCGGCUUCGCGGGUCUCUGGAACGGCCUGCCCGUGAGAAUCGUCAUGAUUGGUACCUUGACUGGUCUUCAGUGGAUGAUUUAUGAUUACUUCAAGAUCUUCAUGGGUUUCCCCACCACCGGCGGCGCGGCGCCACCGGCGCAGGAGAAGCAGAAGUAG